GCUGAUUGAACAGAUUAUAAGAACUAUGUUUCACAUCCAAGGACAGCGUAUUUGGAAACUCCUGCUGUGUAUUUUGUUAUUAUUGAUCGUAGGCGUUGUGACGCAGCGCAGCGUCAGCGGCCGAAGUGAUUGUCUUACAAAUGAAUACUGGAGGGACGGGCUCUGCUGUGACAAAUGUGCUCCAGGGUAUAAGUUCAUAAGAAAAUGCUCUAGUGACAUGCCAUCUCAAUGUGAGAAAUGUUCGAAUGGGACAUACCUAGAAAAUAUGAACUACUUCCCAAACUGCUUCAGAUGUGAGAAAUGCACCAAACGAAAUUCGGUGAUGAUUGCACCAUGUACAGCCCAAAAAAACGCAGUUUGUGGAUGUCAGGCUGGAUACCGCAAAAAGUUCUUUGAUAGUAUUACGUGGGAGUGUGUGCCCUUGAAAAGAAAUUUUAUUUUAAAUAAAUGUAGACUUACAAGAGCCAAUAGCAUUUCAAAACAGCGAGACGUGAUAUUGGUAACCCAAGCUUCUUUAAGUUGCGCGUGCCGCUGCUUUCCAAGAACUCUGACCUGUGAAAUCACAUCAUGAGAAUGCCAGUUUGUCCUCAGCGUGACCUUCAACAAGUGACAUAUGUCUGGCCAAAAUGGAGGAGGCGCUAAUUUUGUUUUAUGUUUACUUUUUGUUUCAUUUUGCAACUUCUAUUGUUCACAUAUUGUGUACUAAGGGAAACGUGGUUCGUGGUGUCAUAUCCUGCAUACCCAAAUUGGAGUGUGACCAUAACUUGAGGCUUCUUCCGGUGGAGUUUUUUUGAAUUAGCGCACGGACACUGCAGCAAACAGGAAGAGCUUUACAGCAGACGGAGACGGUGAUAGCGUCUAUUAUUCUCACAAAUCAAUCAUUUUGCCUUGGAAGACUUGGAAUAUUAGUCCUUUUUGAAUAAACAUAGUUGUAUCUGCCUGUUAAAUCGUUUUUUGACAAAUGGUAGGAUUAGGGGAAGGGGUCGGGUUACGUGCUUAUAAAUGUGCAAAUAAUGUAAUAAAUAUAACUGUUGUGACUCUUUACAAUAAGAAGCAAUACCUCAACACAUGCAACAAUGGCAGUAUCAUUACCCAAUAUAAAAAUGAACAUAAUUUUAUAAUGA